AUGGACAGCGUUCGAUUCCUCACCAAUCGUCCCAUCACUCCCUUUCAGGAGCACCUCGCCAAAUGUCAACAACCCUUUGAGAAGUCGCUCUUGUAUUCCUCGGCCAAAGACGAAAAGUUUGUCGAUGAAGAUCUCCGCCAAAGCUUGUUCCGAGCCAUCACCGACCCAAAGCUGAUGGAUCUGAUGGACGCGAACAUUGUCUCUCAUCUCAACCAGACGGACCAGUCGUAUCAAUAUACCCUCUGUCGCAAUGAUAUCACCCACAUCAAGUAUGAGGAGGGAGGGUUCUUCCAGCGCCACAAGGAUUAUUUGAGCCUCACGUCCAACUUGAUUGAGGAAUUUACCUUGCUCGUGUGUGUGACUACUCCCUCAUCAUCAUCGUCAAACGCUCAAGGCGGAUCUCGACAUGAAGGAUGUGUCUUGAAGAAGGGGACCAAACACAUUCUGACGGCCAAUCUAUGGGCCAUUCGAAAGCAGCAGUCCAGCCAAGUCUUGCUCGUGACAUUUCCAAACGCUAAUGCCAAAGCCGUGAGUCCCAUGGAGCGUGCCGCCAAUGCCUCCUCGAGCUAUGUGUUGCCAGUGGACAACCUCACUGGAAUGCUCAAAGCACAUGUGGAGUGGGCCAAUCGCGCGGCGGAGCGAGAAAGCAAGGAUCCACCAGCAGUGGUGACAUAUGUCUGCCAAGACUUUAGUCAUGAGGCGUUUGGAGUGGUGGUGAAGAUCUUCAAUCGCUGCUAUCACAACAAGAAUGAUGAUUCCUCCCCCGCCCGCAAGAAGCACAAGGAAGCAUCGGAUGACGAUACCUUUGAUUCAGAUGUGAUUGUUUGCGAGAACGAGGCUCGCAUGAAUGCAGUCUGCGACGUGGCUCGUUCACUCAAUGAGCCCUAUGUGCCCUUCAAAGUUCUUUUUGUGGAAGGAGUCCUGGCUUACGCAUCAAGUCACGGAGACGGAACCUCUGCAGUCGAGAUCCCCAUGACGGCGGGGGCUUGCCUCGUGGGAGACUACGACAAUAUUUUCUCCCUCCGCCUAAUCGGAAUUUCUAGUAUCAAGGCGCUUUCCCUAAAGGAGAUCCAUACGAAACGCUACCUAACGAAGAGAACCAUCGAGCACUUGGCUAAGGCCGACCCGGGGCAGCUUCUGUCUGGGGAACCAUUCUUGCUCGACCGCAAGGAUGAUUUAAACAUUGGAUUGGGUCUCAAGGUUGCAUUUAACUACACAAACCAUGACAUGAAGGCACGAGUUUUGAAUGAGCUUCUCGGCGAACCGGGGAAACGCCCUGGUUGUGUUUGGUCCUGGGAGGACAACGUCAAGUACUUGCCUGGAGUCUCACCGCGGUCACCUGAUGGUGGCCUCUUCCAUCGCGAUUCCAAAGGAAAGAUUGCCUUCACCAGCAAGCAAGCAGAGGCCGCCAGCGAUUUCAUCUCCUCGCUUGAGUUGGACGAACGCGUCAAGGCGUCGCUGCAGAAGAAACGAUUCGAAAUCCCUCAGCAUCAAGGCCAUGUAAAUGCCAAUUUCUGCAACGAGGCUCUAAGUUGA